UCGGUCUUUCUCUCUCCUCAAAGUUCAAACUCCUUAACUGCGCUCUCAUGCCAAAACCCUAACACCAGACAAUGAACGCGCCACCACAACCACCACCGUCACUCUUCCAAAAACCUCCCUUAACAACCAGUCAGCUCAUCCAAACAAUCACCACAAUCCUCACGUCCUCCACUACUGCCCCUCCGCACAACUCCAUGGCCCCAUACACUCCCUACCUCACUCCACCCAUCAUCCACUCCAUCCUAUCCUCCAAAUCUCUCUCCUCCCGCCCCAACACUCUCCUCUCCUUCUUCAAAUGGGCCCACUCUCACGUCCCCUCUUUCUCUCUCACACAAUCACACACCACUCUCCCUUCUCUCCUCAUCCUCUUAUCUUCCCUCUUCUCCCACAACAAAUUCACUGAUGCCAAAUCACUUCUAGUCGAAUUCAUUUCCUCCGAUGGCCACCAUGACCUCCACCGUUCCCUCCUCCAUCCUUCACGGUCCCAUCCACGUUCCUCUAAAGCCCUUCUUGACACUGCCAUUGGUGCUUAUGUUCAAUGUAAUCGGCCCCAUUUGGCCGCACAGGUUUUGAAGAAAAUGAAGCGCCUCCGCCUCCGCCCAAACUUACUCACUUGUAAUACCCUCCUCAAUUCAUUGGUAAAGUUCCCAUCUUCACAAUCAGUUUCAUUAAGUAGAGAAAUCUUUAAUGAUGCUAUUAAACUUGGUGUAGCCCCGAAUACGAAUACUUGUAAUAUAUUGAUUAAUGGAUAUUGUUUAGAAAAUAAAUUCAAGGAUGCUAUAGAGUUGUUGAACGGGAUGUGUAAAUUUGAGUGUAAGCCAGAUAAUGUGACUUAUAAUACUAUAUUGGAUGCGUUGUGUAAGAAGGGGAGGUUGAAUGAGGUGAGGGAUUUGUUGUUGGACAUGAAGAAUAGGGGGUUGAUGCCUAAUAGGAAUACAUAUAAUAUUCUGGUUUAUGGGUAUUGUAAGAUGGGAUGGUUGAAAGAGGCUGCUAAGGUUUUUGAGUUGAUGACACAGAACAAUUUAUUGCCGGACAUUUGGACUUAUAAUAUGUUGAUUAAUGGAUUGUGUAAUGAGGGCAAGAUUGAGGAAGCUUUUAGGCUUCGAGAUGAGAUGGAGAGUUUGAAAUUGCUGCCUGAUGUGGUUACUUAUAAUACAUUGAUCAAUGGGUGUCUUGACUGGAAAGGCAGUUCAGAUGGAUUCAGGUUGCUUGAGGAAAUGAGGGAGAGAGGAGUGAAACAGAAUGAGGUCACACACAAUAUAAUGAUUAAGUGGUAUUGUAAGGAAGGAAAGAUGGAUGAAGCUAGUGAUAUUGUUCAGAAGAUGGAAGAAUGUGGAUUUUCCCCAGAUUGUGUGACAUUCAACACUUUGAUAAAUGGAUACUGUAAAGCAGGGAAUUUGGGGGAAGCUUAUAAGAUGAUGAACGAAAUAGGUCGAAAGGGGUUGAAGAUGGAUACUGUUACCCUCAAUACCGUUCUUCACACUCUUUGUGGUGAGAGGAAGCUUAACGAGGCCCAUGAGUUACUUAAUAGUGGGAGUAAGCGAGGUUAUAUUGUUGACGAAGUAAGCUAUGGCACCUUGAUUGUGGGGUAUUUCAAGGAUGGAAAUGUGGACAAAGCUAUGAAGCUUUGGGAUGAGAUAAAGGAGAAAGAGAUCAUUCCUAGUGUGGUCACAUAUAACUCUGUUAUCGGAGGGCUCUGCAAGUCACGAAAAACUGAACAAGCAAUAACUAAGCUGAAUGAACUUCUGGAAAAUGGGUUGGUUCCAGAUGAAACGACAUACAACACGAUUAUUCACGGUUACUGUUGGGAGGGAAAUGUCGAGAAAGCAUUUCAGUUUCACAACAAAAUGGUUGAGAAUUCAUUUAAGCCUGAUAUUAUUACGUGUAAUAUUCUUCUUCGUGGGCUUUGUACAGAAGGGAUGCUAGAAAAGGCUCUUAAGCUCUUUAGCACUUGGAUCUCAAACGGAAAAACCAUGGAUGCAGUAACAUACAACACAUUGAUAACAGCUCUAUGCAAAGAUGGGAGACUAAAGGAUGCUUUGAGUCUUGUUGCAGAAAUGGAAGAAAAGAACUUGGGGCCUGAUCACUAUACAUACAAUGCCAUUCUCGGUGCACUUACUGAUGCUGGGAGGAUCAAAGAAGCAGAGGAGUCGAUGUCUAAAAUGGUUGCAGCAGGAAAGUUAACAGGAUUUCCCUUUCAAAUGGAUAAGGGCGAAGAAGUUGUUACUGGUGAAACUCCGGAGGUAGUGAAUCCAAGUUCUAUAGCUUAUUCAGAACAGAUCAAUGACCUAUGUUCCAAAGGGCAAUACAAGGAUGCAAUGCAUAUUUUUGGACAGUUGACACAAAAGGGUAUUGCUGUAAAUAAAUCCACCUAUAUCAUUCUGAUGAAUGGACUUAUCAAAAGGAAAAAAAGUACAUCAAAACGAGCCUAAUUGUUCUAAUUGUGCGCUAACUACUCUCCUCUACACUGUCAAGUGGAUUGGUUUAAUUGCAUGCAUCACAUAAGCUUUGCUGCGACUCAAUCAGGCAAGGAGUCCAGUUUUUCUACCCAUAUAUGGGACCUCAAUCACGAUUGGAAGUUGAUUGAAUUGUUUGAGAAGGCAGUUGUGAUGAAAUGCAGCUGCAAUGAAGAUAACUUUUGUUUUUUUGGGGUAAUGAGGAACCUCUACAAGGUAGGGCCAUAUUGGAUCCACCUUUGCAGAGUAAACCCCCGAUUCAAGAUAUCUUCAAUCACCCGCUAACCACAGUUGUAUAAGUGGUGGCAACUUUUGCGGCACUAGUGAGAUGAAGAGAUUUGCCAGUUGACCUACAAAUAUUUGUUCCAGAUUGUAAGUGGAUGAGUCUGAAGUCUCUGUUUCUUGCAUGGAGGCUGUGAAGGUGAAGAUGAUAUCAAAAAAAGUUGCAUUCCUACUUUCUUAUCCACCGUGAUGGGUUGGUGAAUGAUAAUCAUUGGACUUCUCAGAAAUGGGGUAAUUUACAAAGGAGAAAAUUUUUUUCCAUCAUAAAGCAUGGGUGAGAAAGAGACUUCCAUCUAAGAACCGGGAUGUUAUAUCUGCCAUGCUUUUAAGGUCGGAAAUGAGGACAAUCUCUUUUGCAAGGAUGAGGGUUAAUGAUCUUUGACACAACUUUAAGGAGAAAUUGAAUGAUGUAUGGAAUAAUGAAAGCACUUGGGAGAUAGUUUUGAGGGUGAAACUCCUGUGGAGUGAUUGGGAAUGAUAAUGAUGCAAAUUAAAUGCUACUUUGAGGGUGUAGGAUAUAGUCCUACAGUCGAAGGCAUUGGUCUGUGAUUGAAGUGUGGAGUUUUAGAUUGGGACAUGUAUGGUGUUUCCCUGAUCAGUGGCUUUUGUGACUCCACAUCCAUAUUUUGUGAUGUUCUAGUGAAUAGAACGAAGUAUUUGAUUAUUUUGAUCGAGCAGCUCUUCAUCUCUGAUUUUUUUUGUCAUUGUCAAGCAUGAUUGGCAUGGGAAGAAAAUGAAAUAUAUUGUGGAGUUAUUGAAAAAUUUAGAUUCCCACAGCAAAAAAUUAUUGAGGGUGUAAGAAUAAGUAGUCUUGAACUUCAUUUCGGAAGGGUACUCCAAAAAAGAAAAUUUAGUAGCUCCAUAAAUGUAGCGCAUUU